CAGUGACAGAAAAUAUAACCUAGAAUUUUAUUCCAAAUUUUCUAAAAUAAUCAUAAUGUAUUUUUACUAAAAAAAUAGAUGCAAUAACUGGUCGAAUAUGGCCGAUAAAGCUGAAAAGGACCAAGAAAAACCACCAGAAUUGUCUCUGACCAAGAAAAAGAUUUAGCCCAAAAUGCCUUAGCGGAAUUCAAGAAAAGAAUUAUGCUGCUUGCCUCCAGUGUAUUAAUAAGUUAGAAAAUCGUUCGAAUGAUCUGCGAGUAGCUCAUAAUAAAGCAGUGGCAGAAUUUUUCAAAAGCGAUUGUAAAAAGACUGAACCGUUUCAGAAAAACCUUACAGCAAUUUGUAAUCAGUUUUUGGUGCGAGCUGAAAAACUUGAUGAUGUGGAACAUAGUAUCAUCCAGUUUAACCAGGCUGUUAUUUUAUAUCACCAAAAACAGUAUACUGCAGCCCAAAGAAUCAUGGAUAGGGUGUGCAAAUUCAUUGAACCUAUGGAGGAGUCUCUUGCAAACAAGUGAGCCUUUUGGCUAUAGAAACUGCAGUUAUGCUUCAGAGAGCCAGAGAAAGCAUUGACGCUCAUAAAUUACUUAGAAAAUAACUUGAUGUAUGGUGGAAGCAUUCCCCUAAAAAGCUUGAUAAGGCAGGAAAGAAAAAAAGGUACAACUUCCUCCUCCAAAACCAUUAUCAGAAGAAUUUGAAAAAAAACUAUUGAGGUACAAACUAAGGUGCUAUAUAAUCAACCAUUCUUUAAUACAGCCUUUAAAGAAGUGCAAGUUUUAAUGAAGGAUAAGUCUAAUAUAGAUGCCUUAUUUUUGGCUGCAAAUAUAGAAUAUUUGAAAGGCAAUGUCAGGGAAUCUAUGAAAUUCUAUCCUCAAUUCCUAAUGAUGCAUUACGGUUCAGCGACUGUGGAGAGUCCUCACUAUUAUGUUCUACAAUAACAUGGGUGUCAUACACCAUGCUAUUGGAAAACCUAACUUAGCCUGUCACUAUUUUCAAAUGGCUUUAAAGGAAGAUAUAAAUCUAUGUCAGAGUAAUUCAAAAAAGGGAAUGAGGAAAAGCCAUUACAUAUGUUGGGCGGCUCAAGGUAUCAUGAAUUGAUGUACAACUUAGGUAUUUCCUUGUUACAUGCUCAUAAGCCUGUUCAAGCAUUUGACUGUUUAAUUGUUGCUGUCAGAAGGUAUCAUAGAAACUCUCGAUUAUGGAUGAGAAUAGCUGAAUGCUGUAUCAUGGUUCAUAAGGAGUCAAAUGAAGUAGAUUUUGAAAACAGAAGAAUUUAAUAGUUGAUAUAGUUGGUACUAAGGAUAAGCAGAAGGUUAUACUCACUACUAAUUUGUCAAGUGAUAAAAAUAUAGCAGCGAAAGCCAAUCGUACGCCGUCCCCGUGCCCUCUCUGGAAUUCGCCUCGUUGUGCCUGCGCAACGCCCUCCUAUUGGUCCCUCCCUCCUCGGACUCUGCCUCCACUCCGGACCCUCUCUUCCUCAUCCCCGGAGUCACGCCUCCCGCCCCACCACCACCGCCUAGCGCCUCCCCCUCUAAUCCGUUGGACGGUCGAGAGGUGACGCAACUGCGCAACGCGAUCCUGAUCGCCGCGGCGUACGUGUCGCUGUGCUUGGGCGAUUACGUGAUCGCUUUGGAGCAUGCACAGGAGGUGUUGGAUGGCGAGAGCGCGUCGGAUGUGCACAGGCUAUUAGCGCAUUUAUAUGCCGCGGAAGCUUUGAUAUUAAUGGACAAAAUAACAGACGCAAUUGAACAUUGAAUCCAGGAAAACAUUAAAAGCUUGUCAUUUGAUCUGCCAUCUACUCUUGACAAAUCGGAAAAAGUUCAACUCAGAACUAACCCACCACCAAAGUGGUUUCCGAACAAUCUGACAUCAGCGCACGUAGUUAUGCAAUACAACAUGGCCGUGGCAAAGACAAUACGUGGUCAGUUGGACCAAGCUUCUGCUAUUUUGAAGCAGAUCUGGCAACAAAGGAGCUCCGUGUGUAGAGUACCUUCGCAUAUUGUGAUGCUAUUCAUUUAUAUUGAACUACAAUUGGGUAAGUGGAAACUUGUCAACCGUAUCUAGUCGGCAUACGGACGUAGCUAAAAAUCUAAUACGACAGUACUCUGUGCAGCAACAGCGACUAACUAGUUGACAAACACUGAGUUGUGGCAUCUGUCAAAAUAACCACAAAAUGUCACAAACGUGGAUCGUUGUGAACAGAAUCGAACGUACUAAUGACGAUUUUUCGAUAUAAAUGUAAUUUUAUAUAUGAUUUCAGAUUAUUGAUUUCGGGCGUUUGAUUAAAUAUGUUAUAGUUUGACAUUGAAUAAAACUCGUAUGCUAGGUGUGUCAAUAUGGUUUAAAUCACCGUUUCCCAAGUUGUGGUCUGAGGAUCGCACAAUAAUAAAUAAAUGUCAAAAAGUCUCGUAAUUGCUACUGUUGCCUUUUUAACAUGGUGAACGUGUUGGAAAUAUUCCCCCCUCCCUCCAUUCUUCACUUAGCAAUCCGCGGCACUCACCCCAAGACUGAAGUUUCACGAGGAGUUCUUCAAAAUUGUGGUUGAUUUGCUAUCUGCCCGCAGUUAAAAAAAGGUUGGGAAACGCUGGUUUAGAUGACAGAAAUGUUAAUGAUAUCAUGAUUUGAAUUAAUUUUAAAUAUUGGGUGCAUUUCUUGACAACUUAGGGCCAUCUACACUCUUAAGGUUUAUCAUGAAAAUGAUAUAGUAUUUAUAGGAAAAAUCAAUUGAAAUGAGUAUAAUAUUUUAUUCAACGCCCCUGUAUGAUAAAUACUUUCAACUUUAUUCAUUAUAAAAUCGGGGUUGAAUAGGUAUGUUUUGUCUUUAUACUGUAAUUUAUUUGUGUAUGAUAUUAAUUACAUGUUAUGGUUGUUGAAAAAUAAAACAUCAUCGUAAAAAUA